AGAAUGUGAAAAAACAACUUCCUCUUGUUAGCCUUCAUCAGAUACGAAGAAAGAAAGUGUCAAACAGACUCAGACAGUCUUCAGCUCUGGUUGGGACAGCACAGCUGGACAUUUCUCCUCUUAUUACAGAGAUGGCACACAACAAAAAGAUGCUCCCCUUGUUUCCCUUCAUGCUAAUGUCACUGGUCCUGACAUCAGCUCUGCAAACCCUUGACUCGGAAGAGCAGCUGAAGAACAGUGGGUUUGGUCAGCCUCCUCCCCGUCAUGGCCUUAAACUACUCGUGUGGUAUGUUAGGAACUGUCUGGACAACAACAUGAAGUCUCUGUGUGGUCCCACACAAGGACAAUAUGGAUUUCACGAGUUUAUGAAUCGAGGAUCAAAGCCUCUGCUUCCAGUGAUUAGGGACAAAAAACAAUAUGCAUACUAUACCAUCGGAAACCUCAACGCUCCUCAUGCAAAGGACCUGCCUCCUGAUGUCAGGAGGUACUACAACCGCAGCGACCCUGAAAGCAACAAGGACAGAGUUCUGGUGAGAUACAACAAAAACAACAAACACAUCUAUGAGCUCUAUGCAUCUGCUCAUUAUGCACCUAAAGAGACCUACAUCAUUGGGCCAAAUCUUCUAGCUGCCCUUCGACAGAACUGGAAAUGUGAAGGUCUUCUGAUGCAACUUCAGCAGUUUUUAAAAUGCCAAAGAAUCGUGAUGAAAUCUGAACAUUUUAGAAGAACUCUUGAUUAAUAUUCUCUUCUUUUUUUUUUCGAUGAGCUUAGUUUAGGUUUUCAGUGUAAGUGAGGAAGCGUGUAUAACCUGCAAAUCUGGCUUGUAGAACCUGCUUGUAAAACACAUAAAAUGAUUGAUAUCUGAUCAAUAAAAUAUUUUAAAGUGUG